AUGAGUAAUACGAUUGAUUCGUUGGCAGAGUUGCUGAAGAAAGUCAGCGAGACGGUUAACGAAACUAAAAGUGAAGUGAAUAAAAUUGGAAAAACAACUGAAGAUCUCUCAACGUCGGUGAAGGAGGUCGGAAACGAACUAAAAGAAUGGACGGGGAGAUGCAGAGCUCUGGAGCAAAAGUAUGAAGACCAUAAGGAGAGGAUUGACAAUAUUGAGAUGAAAAUACAUUUUUUGCUGAAGCAGGAAAGAGAGAAAAACUUGAUGAUGUUCAAGGUGCCUGACACUUUGGAAGUGAAUGGUGAUUUAAAUAAAUCGGUGAUGGAAAUCUUCAGGACAACGGGCAUAGGCAUUGCCGAGAGGGAUGUAGAAGCAAUUUUUAGAGUUGGAAAAAAGAAUAUGAAAUUGAAAAAUACCGGAGUUAUCCUAGAAAAAGACUUGUCAAAAAUAGAGAGGGAAAAAAAAGAAAAAUUGCGUUUGCUGAAGAUGGACCUGGAAAAGCAUGGCAAAACCGUAAAAGUAAAAGGUUUUAAAUUGUUAGUGGAUCAGCAAUUUAUGACUUAUCAAGAGGCGGAAAAAAAAUUAAACUCUUUUGAAAAGCAGAUACAACAGAACGUUGAAAGUGUGCCCUUUACUCCAAAAAAGACAAAAAAACAGGAGCUCCGAAAGAUUAGCAGCGCUAACGGGACCGAAAAGCAUCAGUAA